CAUUUUUCUGCCUUUUUCCCCCCGCUUUCGGGUUUAGUUCGCAGGGGGAGGAUUUUGAUCCUUUUUUUUUUCAGAAUGGAUUAUUUCCCCAUGAUUAUCGCUCUGCUGUUUGUGGCUUUCCAAGGAGCUCCAGAAACAGCGGUCCUGGGCGCCGAGCUCAGCCCGGGAGCCGAGAGCCAAGGGGAGACGCCCUCUCCCCAUGCAUCCUGGAGGCCCCGUCGGUCCAAGCGCUGCUCCUGCUCUUCCCUGAUGGAUAAAGAGUGUGUCUACUUCUGCCACCUGGACAUCAUCUGGGUCAACACUCCAGAACACAUUGUCCCAUACGGACUUGGAAGCCCUUCUAGGUCCAGGCGAUCCUUAAAGGAUUUGUUUCCUGCAAAGGCAGCAGACCGCAGGGAUAGAUGCCAGUGUGCCAGCCAAAAAGACAAGAAGUGCUGGAGUUUCUGCCAAGCAGGAAAAGAAAUCGGCAGGGACCAAGACACAAUGGAGAAACGCUGGGAUAACCAAAAGAAAGGAACAGACUGUUCCAAGCUUGGAGAGAAGUGUAUUCAUCGGCAGCUGGUGAUGGGAAGAAAAAUAAGAAGGUUGGAGGCCAUCAGCAACAGCAUCAAAACAUCUUUUCACAUCGCCAAGCUGAAAGCCGAGCUCUACAGAGAUAAGAAAGUGACCCAUAACCGAACACACUGAUGACAGGUUGGCCGAGCCUGUCUGAAGCCAUCUCGUCCCCAGGGAGCCCCGGGCCCGACUCUGCGCUCGCUUGGCAGGGGCUGAGAUCAGAGCAGAAGCCUCCUCUGUUCAGACCGUUCCUUACUGCAGACUGGCACAGGACCAGCACCCUCGCCUGAACAUUCCAGAAAAGGCUUAAGGAGUCCCCCCAGCCGGUCUUCAUUGGCCUCCAUCAGUGCUAAGCGCGGCCGUCUGUCUCUCCUCCUUUGCGGUGAUGAUGGGCCACUCGAAGAAAGCAGAGAGAGACACGGAUGCCACCUGCAAACCAGGGUGGCCUCCUCCAGCCCAGAGGGAGGUGACGAGCUUCCACGUGCGGGCGGAGACCUCCAAGAGCGUCCGGAGGGCGUGUUUUGUUGUCCCACGCAGGCGCCUGGCGCAUUUCAGGGAGAAACACCCAAGUCCACACCAAGAGCUUUCCAAGGAAGGCGCAGACUGAAAAAACCCUCGAGGCACAAGCCCUCGAGUUAAAAAUGAACAAGACUUUGCUUUCUUCCGUCUCGAGAUGCAAAACCGAGAGAAACUGUUACUACUGGAAAAUCAGGAUGAGUUUCAUGAAUAUGAGUCUACCUCACCUCUGCUGCACUCCGCCUAAAGUAUUUCCUCACCUUUAAUUAUUUGCCUCCCCAAACUCCCCCCCCACCCCUCCCCCCAAGCCCCCACACUAAAAUCCUAGCCUCGUGGAAAUCUGUCUUACGUGUCAAGAGUAGAUAUAACACUUUCACGGUAAUCUACUAGCUCUAUUCCAUAAGAAAAAAAAUAUCACUGAACCAGGAGAUUCCCAUGUCUUGAUUUUUAGAAACACAAGGGUAUACGGUUGUUGAUGAGAGCUAUUGAAGGGAAAACAUUGGUUAUGCUUUAAAGCAGUAAAAUUAUUUUCCUUUAUGUAACUGGCAAGUGGAAGAGGUUGGAUUAAAUUUGGAUGUACUUAUUUUUUUACAGAUAUUUAUAUUCAAACAAUUUAUUCCUUAUAUUUACCAUGUGAAAUAUAUGUCUGGGCAGGCCAUAUUGGUCUAUGUAUUUUUUUAAAAAAUGUAUUUCUGAAUGAAAUUGAGAAAAUGCUUCGUUUUGCCUAUCAAGGUAAUGACUUUAGAAAAUAAAUAUUUUUUUUCCCCU